GCACAACAGCAAGCUCUCUUUCAGCUGAGCUAGUUGCUUCAGCAAGCAGGCUAUCUAGACACAGUCGUUGAGAUCGAUCGAUCAGUUUAGAGCUAGAGAGAUUAGUUAUUGGCAUAUGGGAGCGAUGGAUGGAAAGAAGAUGGUGUUGAGGUUGAGGGAGUUCGACAUCGAGAGGGGCCUGGCGGCGGUCGAAGAGCUCGAGGGCCGGUGCCAGGUCGGCCUGUGCGGCGACGAGACUGCCGACAACAGCGGCGGCAACAAGAGGAGGACGAAGAAGAAGAGUGGCAUGUCGCUCUGCGUCGAGCAGGUCGGCGACCCGCUGGCGAGGGUCCGCCACGCGCCGGAGCACGUCAUGCUGGUUGCCGAGUAUGGCGAGGAGAUGGUCGGGGUCAUCAAGGCCUGUGUCAAAGUGGUGAGCAGAGGCGGCGGCAAGGAGCCGUCUUCUUCCUCCAGCUCCGUGAAGCAGCAGCCGCCGGCCGCAACGACGACGGCGUACGUGAAGGUGGCCUGUCUCCUCGGCCUCAGGGUCUCACCUUCUCACAGGCGGCUGGGGAUCGCAACGGCGCUGGUGAAGCGGGCUGAGGAGUGGUGCCGGGAGCGCGGGGCGGAACACGCGACGAUGGCGACGACGACGUCCAACGCGGCGUCGCUGGCGCUCUUCACGGGCCGGUUCGGGUACGUGCCGUUCCGGUGGCCGAAGUUCCUGGGCCGCCCCGUGCACGCGCACCGUCUGCCCGUGCCGUGCGGUCACCGCGUGUUCCAGCUGCCGCCGCCGCUGGCCGCGGCGGCCUACGCGCGCCUGCUCCCGCCGCAGGGCACGGAGUUCCUCCCCGCCGACAUGCCGGCGCUCCUCGCCCACAAGCUCACACUCGGCACGUUCGUCGCCAUCGAGAGAGAUCCGGAUCCGUCCCUCCCGCCGUCCUUCGCCGUGCUCAGCGUCUGGGACUCCACCCGCUCCAUGCGAUUCCGCGUGAGUGGCGCGCCGGCGUUGCUCCGCGCGUCGCUCGCCGCGCUCCGGGCGCUCGACCGCGGCGCGCCGUGGAUGCGCGUCCCCUCCAUCCCGGACAUCUUCCGCCCGUUCGGCGCCUACCUCCUCUACGGCCUCCGCAUGUCCGGCCCGGCGGGCCCUGCCCUGCUCCGCUCCCUCUGCCACCACGUCCACAACGUCGCGCGCAAGAACCCGGCCUGCGCCGUCGUCGCCGCCGACGUCGCCCCCGACGACCCGGCCGCCGCCGCCGUCCCGCGCUGGCGCCGCUUCUCCUGCGACAAGGACGUCUGGUGCAUCAAGAACCUCAUCAACAAAGACACCAACGCCACCGACGACGACGACGACUGGGCGGCGCCGCCGCUGCCUGGCACCCUCCUGUUCGUCGACCCCCGCGAGUUUUGACGUAGCCAUGCACCCAUCCACCCAUGCAAGGCAGGUGUAGGCAGAGGCUAGCUACCACCUCAUCGAUCUCUGCCAAGUUUUGACAACUACACGUGCGAUUAAUGUACAUAUACUUGGUACCGCAAUGGCGAUGACCUGCCUUGCAUGCUAUUUGUGGUAUCAACCCUCAAGCUAAACCGAUGUCUGUAAUGUUAGCAUUUGCUUUCUUAAGUUAGAAUAGCGACGAGGUUCGGCUAGUUUCUUUCUAAUCACUGUCCAUAGAAGAAGAAUCAGUUGGCGUUUUUUUCUCGAACUGUGCAUACAAAUGGGUACAGAGCUGAAA